UGGAAAUCGGAUCUGACCCGCCUAUUUCAGACUUGACCUUGGCGCCAUUUAACGAUUUCUGUUUACUUAUUCUAUCAAAUGCCAUGAAAUAAAAUGAGUCAAAAGGAUGUCAAUAAGGUGGUAACGGUUGUUGCCUACUUGUGUCAAGGAGAUAAAUCGAAGGAGAUAUCCUAUACUGACGCCAAAGUAAUCGGCAAUGGAUCGUUUGGAGUUGUCUAUCAAGCCAGACUUCUAGAGUCUGAUGAAAUUGUUGCUGUUAAGAAAGUUUUACAAGACAGGCGUUUCAAGAAUCGAGAGUUACAAAUCAUGAGACAACUGGAUCAUCCCAACAUUGUGCAGUUGAAAUAUUUCUUUCAUUUUGUGGGUGAGAGAAAAGAUGAUGUGUAUUUGAAUUUGGUUCUUGAAUUCAUCCCAGAAACAGUUUAUCGUGUUGCUCGACGAUAUGCACGUCAAAAGGAAACAAUCCCAAUUUUAUUUGUCAAGCUUUAUAUGUACCAACUAUUUCGCAGUUUGGCUUAUAUACAUCAUAAGGGUAUUUGUCAUCGAGAUAUUAAACCACAGAAUUUACUUUUAAAUCCAACUACAGCCGUUUUAAAAUUAUGCGAUUUUGGGAGUGCAAAGGUUCUAGUUCGUGGUGAACCCAAUGUUUCCUACAUAUGUUCUCGUUAUUAUCGAGCUCCUGAGCUAAUAUUUGGUGCCGUGGACUACACUUGUCAGAUAGAUAUCUGGUCAGCUGGAUGUGUACUUGCUGAACUUUUACUCGGUCAACCUAUUUUUCCUGGAGAAAGUGGUGUAGAUCAACUGGUAGAGAUUAUUAAAGUUCUAGGCACUCCCUCACGUGAACAAAUCCAUGAAAUGAACCCUGACUAUCGAGAAUUCAAGUUCCCACAGAUUAAACCACAUGUAUGGUCCAAAGUUUUUCGUCCUCGUGUUCCAUCAGAAGCAAUUCAAUUAGUAUCACAAUUACUGGAUUAUACACCUUCAAAGCGUUUAGAACCAUUAGAUGCUUGUUUACAUUGUUUUUUCAAUGAGUUAAGACAAGAAGAAACUACACUACCUAAUGAUAGACCUUUACCUCCAUUGUUUAAUUUAACACCCUAUGAAAUGACAAUGCGAGAUGAUAUGUACAAAUUCCUUUCACCAUCUCGAUUACCUGGAGGAUCUGAGUCAUCUAUACCACCUGUUUCAAAUAUUUCAUUAGUCGAACAACAAAGUUGCAAAGAAUUAUCAGAUGGUGUAAUAGUUACUGGUUUCACUGGUCAUAGUAGUAGUGGUGGCGGUGGCGGUGGUGGUGGUGAUAUUGUAGACCAAGAUCAUAAUGCUUCUACAUCAGAAGGAGGAAGUAAAUUAACAGAUUCACAAAUUAGAUCAGGUAUAAUUGCUCCAUCUGGUAGUUCAAAUAAUUUACAAUUAACUUCAGACAAUAAUAAUAAUAGUAAUACUAACAAGAUUGAUAUACCUCAACAAUCUAAAGAGAUUUUUAAUAAAGAAUCAGAAUCCAGGGAGGUUCAAGAUGCUAGUACUUAGAUAUAACUGUUAUAUUUCAUCUCUUUCUACUGUUUGAUGCAUAUUGGAAAGAAAAUAAAUAAAUAAAUAUUAUUCAGUUUAGAUUUCAAUAAAAAUGAAAUGAUUAAGUAUGUUGUAAAGUAAGUAGUUUGACUCAGGUUUCUAUGAUAAAUCAGUCAUAUUCCUUAUAUAAUAUUCAUCACAUCCAAUAAUGUACAAAUAAAUAAAUUUUUUUUUUGAAGAAAAAAAAAUGCUCAUCUACUUAUUCACAAUUGUAAAAACAUCUAUUCAACAAAAUGAAAAUUGUAUACUCAUUCGUCUUAUAAAAAAUGACAAUCAUCAUCAUAUUAAUGUUCAUAAAUAAUAAUAAUAAUAAGUGAGUAAUACUGUAAACAUUACUAAGCAUUGAAUUAUAUUUCCAAUGUCUCUUCAAUCUUUUCCAUAGUCAUUAUCACUGUUGGAUAGAUAGAUAGACAGACAGACAGGUCGGUAGGAUUUACUUAGACAAUAUAAAUUAUUAUAAUUGAACUACUUAAGAUAUUCUAUUCAUAAAUUGAUAGGCAUGGUGUUACUAUCCUCAUUUUCGCUUUCAUUCUUCUUCUUCUCCUUUUUUUUCUUUCUUGUUGUCUAAAAGGUGUUUGUUAUCAUGUUAAUUAAGAAAUUAUUGGACAUUGAUCAUCAUAUCAGCUUUUAUAAUUUGUUAUCUUUGUGCUUAUUUAUUUAUAAUCUUAUUGUUCGAAUUAUUGAAUGAUUCUUUUAUGUGUGGUUGGAUCUGUUUACCAUUCCUAUUUCUUUAUAUA